CAGUAGCCAGAUCAGAAGUGAGACAGGCUCAAACACAAACUAGAAGAUCGAUCGAUAGGUGCUUAGUGAGAGUACCCGUACGAGAUGUCGCUGGAAGAUAGUUUCAAGAAGAGGAUUGCCAAGUGCCGCAGGGAACAUGACAUUAUUUACAAGCAGCUGCCAGUGCUGCUAGAGAAGUUGGAGAUUCUGUUUCCUACCGGGAAGAAGAUGGAAAGCUCGGACCCGGAGAAGAAGGUCGCCCCGCUGAAACCCUUGACGCCGGCAGAAAUAGGGGUGCACUACAAGGAUCUGGAGGAGACCAUCAAGGGAUUCCUCAGCGACCUGGACGAGGCGGAGAAGGAGACUGGAGGCACGAGCCAGGCGGCGGCAACGCCACCUUCAGUGGAAGACGAGUAGUAAUUCAAGAGCUGCAGGAGUUCAAGGAGGGAGGCCUGGAUCUGCAUCAGGAGGAUCAUCCCGUCUAAGAAUAGUUAUUAUUAGUUUCUUUCGUCAUUCAUGUUUCUCAGUUGGUUAAUCAUCCAGAUGCUGCCAAAGGAUGCUAGAUCAGUUGAUCUAGGCACUCCGACACAGGCUGGUUAAAAAUCUCCUCUUUCGUCCUCGCACCAAAGCAGUUUUAACCGUCUCAGUCAGAGUUUUUUUUUAUCAUCCAUAUGUUGGAUAAUAAUUUAGCUGUUGCCUGUUGGUGUGUUGUGAUUCCGAAUCGGGCAGCUAUCUUGUGUGUAUUCGUUAGCUAUACCGAGACUACUCGCUUUCCGUGGAAUCCGAGUACUUCCUAAUUUGUGUCGUUUAUGGUUAUGAUCUAGAUUAUCCUUACUGGACUGAUGAA